CACUAAUUAUACGUAGCUGAAUCCAAUAUAGAUGGUUUGGCCGAAUUUUCCUACCUAAUAUUCCUUCGCUUUCCAGACUUUGUUUAAAUUGUAGAACCUCAUUUGUUGAAUGUUUGCUUCUCCGUUCCGAGACGUGCAGCUGCUAAUAAAGAACGAGAGUGUUCCUAGUUUAGGGCAAAAUUUCAUCUCCCUUACUUACUUCUCCAUCAUUAUCCUUGCAAUUUCAAGCUAUUCAAGAUGAGUACCAUGAAGUUUUGUCGCGAAUGCAACAAUAUUCUGUACCCGAAAGAGGAAAGGGAACAAAAGAUCCUCCUUUACGCUUGCCGUAAUUGUGAUCACCAGGAGAUUGCUGAUAACAAUUGUGUAUACAGAAAUGAGAUACAUCACUCUGUUGGAGAGCGUACACAGGUGCUACAAGAUGUUGCCGCUGAUCCAACUCUUCCCCGUACUAAGUCUGUUCGCUGUACUCAAUGCAAUCAUGGAGAAGCUGUCUUUUUCCAGGCAACAUCUAGAGGAGAGGAAGGUAUGACAUUGUUCUUUGUAUGCUGCAAUCCAAGCUGUGGACAUCGAUGGAGAGACUGAUUUACCCUUCAAUAUGCUAAUGCAUCUGCGCUGACCAAUUUUCCUGAUUCUAUGUCUAUCUGAGAACCAAAAACGGGCCAUAUUUUGGUGGUUUCAUGAUUAAGCAACAUGAAGUUGCAAACACGUAUGUUUUUCUUGACCUAGUUCAUGUAAUUGAAUCAUUUGAAACCAUUCUGUAAUGAAUUUGUUAACUUGAGCCUGUGGUAGGACUAAACUGUUCUGAUCCAUCAUCCAAGUUUCAGCCUAUGCAAUCAUACUGUUAAUGCCAUGUUUGAUCAGGAAACAGUUCCCUUUAUCUUUACCAGUUUCUGUACUUCAAUCCUGGAAGUUUUGCCUUCAUUUAUGGUA